AUGUCGAACGCGAUAAUCGUUGGAAUUUUUUUAUUUAUUAUCAUCGUAACCUACGCCUACAUAAUAAAUCCGAGAUCAAACAUUGCCGGUGGUAAAAAACACGAUGUUUACAUAGCUGGAUUUUUUCCAUUCGAUGAAAAUGUAGCAGAAGGAGAAAUCGGAAGAGGAGUACUUCCGGCCGUUCGACUCGCCGUCGAUCACAUAAAUGAUAAUCCAACGGUUUUAAGAAAUUAUAUUUUACACCUGUGGUGGAACGACACGAAGUGCAAUGCUGCCGUAGGUAUGAAAUCAUUGUUCGACAUGAUACACGAAGGACCGCAUAAAUUAAUGCUUUUCGGAGCCGCGUGCACUCAAGUAACGGAUCCGAUUGCCAAAGCUUCCAAACACUGGAGAUUAACACAGUUGUCCUACGCUGAUACUCAUCCAAUGUUCACAAAUGAUAAUUUUCCAAAUUUUUUUCGAAUCGUACCAAGCGAAAAUGCUUUCAAUCCUCCAAGACUGAAACUUCUUCAAGAGUUCAACUGGACUCGAGUCGGAACGAUUUACCAAAACGAGCCCAGAUACUCACUAGCACACAACCGCCUUGUAGCCGAUUUAGAUAUUUUAGGUUUUCAAGUCGUUGAGACUCAAAGUUUUGCCAACGAAGUUUCAUCGGCAUUGAGCAAAUUGAAAGAAAAAGACGUGAGAAUCAUUUUAGGUAAUUUUAACGAAUCAUGGGCGAGAGAAAUUUUUUGCGAAGCAUACAAGUUCGGAAUGUACGGUAGAAAAUAUCAAUGGUUGAUUAUGGGGACUUACAGCAAUGAUUGGUGGUUGACGUCAUCAUACAAAUCCGAAAAUUGUUCUAUGGAAGAAUUAAGUGAAGCAUUAGAAGGUUGCAUAUUGACUGAUUUACUGCCUUUAAGUACCAACGGAGAGAUAACAAUCUCAGGGAGUACAGCAGAAGAAUACAGACUGGAAUAUGAUAAUCUACGUGGCGAUCAUUAUUCGAGAUUUCACGGUUACACUUACGAUGGUAUAUGGACAAUGGCAUUAGCAAUACAACACGUUGCUCUACGAAUACGUCACUAUAGGAAAAAUGACACGAUGAAAAAUUUCAAAUAUCGCGAUCAAUUAUGGGAACAAUUGUUUUUACAAGCAUUGAAAAAUACGAGUUUCGAAGGAGUGACGGGUCCCGUAAGAUUUUACGACAACGAAAGAAAAGCCAGCAUUAUGCUCAAACAAUUUCAAGGUGGACAAGAAGUUAAAAUCGGAGAAUUUAAUGGCGUGACCGAAAGUUUGGACCUGAGCCGGGGUCACGUGAUCAGGUGGCUUGGAAAAUAUCCCCCGAAAGACCGAACGCUUCAAAUAUUCGAACACAAUCAAGUUAAUUUAACCGUUUAUAUACUUUUGGCUUGCACCGCCAGCUUGGGAAUAAUAAUGACCAUUGUUUUUUUAACGAUCAAUAUUAUGUUUCGAAACCAAAGAUAUAUAAAAAUGUCUUCGCCAUAUUUAAACAAUUUAAUUAUAAUAGGAUGCAUGCUCACCUACAGCAGCGUCAUUUUUUUAGGUUUGGAUUCUCAAUUGACAAGCGUCGAAGCUUUUCCAUAUGUUUGCACUGCAAGAGCUUGGCUUCUUAUGAGUGGUUUUUCAUUAGCAUUCGGUUCGAUGUUUAGUAAAACAUGGAGAGUUCAUUCCAUAUUUACUGACGUCAAACUUAACAAAAAGGUAAUAAAAGAUUAUCAGCUUUUCAUGGUCGUCGGAGUUUUGGUGGGAAUCGAUUUGGUAAUAAUGACAACGUGGCAAGUCACUGAUCCAUUUUAUAGAGAAACUAAACAAAUGAAUCCGUAUCCGGAUCCGACAAAUGACGACAUACUCAUAAUACCUGAAAAUGAAUAUUGCCAAAGUGAAAGAAUGACCAUAUUUGUUGGUUCGAUAUAUGCGUACAAGGGUCUUCUUAUGAUUUUCGGAGCUUUUCUCGCUUGGGAAACUCGACACGUAUCGAUACCAGCAUUAAACGAUUCGAAAUACGUCGGAAUGUCCGUUUAUAACGUUGUCAUCAUGUGCGUCAUGGGCGCCGCAAUUAGUUUUGUUUUAUCCGACAAACAAGAUGCUUCGUUCAUAAUAAUAUCAGUUUUCAUUAUAUUUUGCACAACGGCAACCCUGUGUUUAGUGUUUGUACCUAAAUUGGUCGAAUUGAGAAGAAAUCCUCAAGGGGUCAUCGAUAAGAAGACUCGUGCUACUCUUAGACCAAUAACAAAAACCAGAAGAGAUUCGAUAGCGAGCGAAUUAGAAGAUAAAAUAAAAGAUGCCAAAUUACAACAUUCUAAAUACAGAAAACAAUUGUUGGAUACCGAGAGUGAAUUACAAGUACUCGUGAGAAGGUUAGGAAGUGACGUUUCGGGACUUCAGGAUUCUGAUAGUGGUACUCUCGAUAGACUCACCGUACCUUUGCUUAAAAAAGAAGCUCCUUCCGGAACGGAAACGACUGAAAUAAGUUCACUAUGUUCGUUGAAUUCAUCACAAGAAGAAGAUUGUUUCAAUAUGGGAGAUACAACAAAACCCGGUCAACAAACGCCGUGUCCUCGUAAGAAAACAUCCUUUGUUAAAAAAUCAUCCGAGGGAGAUGUUAAACAAGAUUCUAUAUUGAGAAAAGAACAAAGAACUCGUUUCGCUGAUGAAAAUUUACCACCAAGUAAAAACGUUUCUUUCGGAUUACCAGAUCAAAAAUCAACGCAAAAAUUCCAACAAUCACAAAUAACGCAAUCGAGAUCUCAAGGACCGACCGUAGGACAAACAAUACAACAACAUCAACCUCAACAAGUUCAAAAAAUAAAACCUGGGGAAACGAAAACAAAAUCCGAACAAAAUUUAGAAAAAUUAGGUAUCACACAAAUUCAUCCGAAACCGCGACAAGAUUACGAAAAUCGUCAGUAUCAACAACCACAACAACAACAACAACAACACCACGUUCAACAAGGACAAAUUUCAUCACAUCCGGAAAUGGAAUCCCUGGGUAAAUCCUCUCAUUCAUUAAUUUACGACGAUUUGCAAGAGAAAAAAAUACAGGAAGUGACGACGCAUUUAACGUCUCAACUUCUUAAAAAACACGAUCAGCAAUAUUCAAGCGAAAACAUACGUAGGAGAUCGAGUGUUAAAAGUGCUAAUUUAAAUGAAAAUUUCGUGACGUGUCAGCAACAGCAACAACUCAAACACAGACGCACAAGCGUUCCUAAUUGGAGCACGGUCAAAACAAACGCGUCGGAAAAAAAAAACAAUACGAAAAACAAUGUAGAAAGGAAGAAAAUAUUCGUGGACGAAAAAAGUCAAAGGUCGCAAGAGAGAAGGUCAAGUUAUAAGAAACGCGGUGAUUAUGUUGAAUUCACCGGAUCCGACCCUGACGUUAACUGGUCCGAUUACGAAAGUGUUGCGGAUUCCAAAUCCAAAAAUAAUAAUGCUGGAUGCAUUAACGGUUCAUAUCAAAAUUACGGUUAUCAAAAAAGUCAAGAAAGACUCGGUAGCAGCUCGGGUGUCAUCAAAUACAUUGAAAAAGAAGAAUAUUGGGUGACGCAACCGGAUAUAUCCUUCAGGAGAGGAUCAGGAUCACAAAAGGGUCGAAUUUCUCCAUAUUUGCUCAAAGAUCAUGUCAAUAAUCAAUCUUCCCCUAGUGUACCCGCAAGUGUGGUUGAUUCUGCACAAGCUCAAGACGUUCCGUGCAUUCAUCGUUCCGAUUCCGAACGGGGAUAUAGAGGUCCCUGUCACGGAUCGACGACUCAAGGAAGUCCCGGCGUUCAUUCUCAGGCAUCUUCCAGAGGUCUUUCGCAAGCGUCUCCCACAUCUUCGAUAAAAGGUUCGAGCAGAACGUGUUGCGAACAUUCUAACAAAUCACAAAAACAUUCAUUUAACACGAAUUUAACACACGUAUUGAGCACUCCGGAUGUCGCCGCAAUUCCGCCCUAUUACGAUUCGAAAACAUUUGACAUAUACGCCACCGAAAAAAGGAGUAAAAGUCAAAAAAAUAAAGGCGGUAUGGGUGGUAGCGGUGGUCAUUUGUGCACCGCCGUGUCAGAAGGAGAACUUUUAGAUUUAUCAAUUUUACCCAUUUUUCAAAAAUUGUUAACCGAACGACAUAAAUCGCGUACGGAAUAUGGAGCAUCCAUUGCUUCUUGUCCUAAUAUUUCAAUUAAAUGCGACAUUGUCGAAUAUUUGUAG